AUGUCUAUCCUCAAGCUGGUCGAGGACCGUCCCACCCCCAAGGCAGUCUACAAUUGGAAAGUCUACCUUCUGGCCGCGGUGGCUUCAUGCACAUCAUGCAUGAUUGGUUACGAUAGUGCCUUCAUCGGCACAACCAUCUCUCUGGAUUCAUUCAAGGAUGAAUUCGGCUUCGGCGCAAUGGGAGAUACAGAGCGGAACUUGAUCAGUGCCAACAUCGUCUCCUGCUACCAGGCUGGUGCCUUUUUCGGUGCCUUCUUCGCUUACCCAAUUGGUCACUUCUGGGGUCGCAGGAUUGGUUUGUUGGCUGCUGGUUUGGUCUUUACUCUCGGUGCCGGUCUGAUGCUGGGUGCUAAUGGCGACCGUGGUCUUGGUCUUUUGUAUGGUGGUCGUGUCCUGGCUGGUCUUGGUGUCGGCGCUGGCUCAAAUAUUACUCCUAUCUAUAUCUCGGAACUGGCUCCGCCAGCUAUUCGUGGUAGAUUGGUGGGUGUUUAUGAGCUGGGUUGGCAGAUUGGUGGUCUUGUUGGUUUCUGGAUUAACUUCGGUGUCGAUGAGACACUCGCUCCAAGCCACAAGCAGUGGCUUAUUCCCUUUGCUGUUCAGUUGAUUCCCUCCGGUCUCUUGCUCAUUGGUGUCGUCUUCAUUCGGGAGUCUCCUCGCUGGUUGUUUGGACGUGGUCGCCGUGAGGAGGCCAUUAAGAACCUGUGCUGGGUUCGUCAACUCCCUGAGAAUGACAUUUACAUGAUUGAAGAGAUCGGCGCCAUUGACCAGGCGCUGGAGGAACAGCGCCGCAGUAUUGGAAUUGGUUUCUGGAAGCCUUUCCAAGCUGCUGGUACCAACAAGAAGGUGAUGUGGCGUCUGUUCCUCGGAAGCGCCUUGUUCUUCUGGCAAAACGGAUCUGGCAUCAAUGCCAUCAACUACUACAGCCCAACUGUCUUCAAGUCGAUUGGUGUCAAGGGUACCAACACCAGUCUGUUCACCACCGGAAUCUUCGGCGUCGUGAAGACGGUCGUGACCUUUAUCUGGCUGCUCUGGCUGAUCGACCAAGUCGGUCGCCGAAACUUGCUCUUGGUCGGUGCCGCAGGUGGCUCCGUCUGCUUGUGGAUCGUCGGCGCGUACAUCAAGAUUGCGCAGCCGGAGAACAACAAGAGCGAUAGCCUGACUGGCGGUGGUAUUGCAGCCAUGUUCUUCUUCUACCUGUGGACUGUCUUCUAUACCCCAACCUGGAACGGAACCCCCUGGGUUCUCAACUCGGAAAUGUUUGAUCCCAAUAUGCGUUCGCUGGCUCAGGCCUGUGCUGCCGCCUCCAACUGGCUGUGGAACUUCCUCAUCUCCCGUUUCACCCCGCAGAUGUUCUCUGCCAUGGGAUACGGAGUGUACUUCUUCUUUGCGUCGCUGAUGAUGUGUUCCAUUGUCUUCGUGUACUUCCUCAUUCCUGAAACUAAGGGUAUUCCCCUCGAGAGCAUGGAUACCCUGUUUGACAUCAGGCCUGUGCGACAUGCCCAUGGCAAGAUGGUCGCUCAGCUGCGGGAGAACGAGGAGCAGUUCCGUCACGAUAUCGAGGCUUCGGGGUUUGCGGCAGCCAAGAUGGGUGAUGAGCAGGUUGAGGACGCUUCGGCUGAGCCGAAGUUUGCUUGA